AUGAAAUCUGCCGGUUGUAUUGAGUACUGCAACGGCCACUGCGCCAAUCCUACUAGAUGCGGGGCAUGCUACUUCCAGCGGAACAGGCAGCAGCUGCAAGAUCGGUUUCCAUGGAUAACAGCUCAUGCAGCUCCUUUUCGAGUUGGCUGUUCUGUGUGUCAGCAGCUGCCAGCUGGCAAGAAAAGCACAGUCCCAGAUUCGUGGAGAUUGGGUGAGAUUUCCUCAUAUGAUGCUUUGCAAAUGCGCAAGCUGGAGAAGCAUGAGAGCGGCAAGCUACACCAACGUGCGUUGGACAGUCAUGCGGACGUCUCAGAAGUUCGCGCGCCUACCGUGCUGGACUUCACAAGGUUAGCGCAGCACAUGCGGAAGCAAUGCCUUGGCAAGGAUGGACUUCCAGAAGUAGGUGGGCAAAAGAAGUGCAGGAAAAUGGCUUUUUGCCUGGCGGAAGUCUUCCGCGAAUCUAAGCGGGAUCUUUGGCGGGCAAAGAACGGCCUGGACGGCCAACCCUUGCUUGUCAGCACCACUAUCUUUCAAGAUGCCCGCAAGGGAAGAUUGGCUGUGCGGUUCACUGCAGCCAGCUCCGCGGGAAGCAAGAUUAGUGGCCACAUGGGGUCCGUGCGAUUGUCCGACGGCUGCGAUUCUGUUUCCCUGACAGAAGCAACAAUGAAGAUCAUUCGCAACUUUUGUACUCCGUGCACAAACAUCCCUCACCUGGAGUCGCUGCACGGCACUGCAAGUCCCAUGGAUCAGGGGCUCUUUGAAAAAGUGAAGGCUUCUAUGGAAACCUUUGUUUCCGAUUCCGCGAGCGAUGAGCUGAGGGCUGGUUUCAUGCUAGCUGAGCAGACCACUUCUGGGCUCAUGGUGGAGACACUGCCUCAAAUGAAAGUGGUGAUGAGGGACCGCCCCCAUGCCACACGGCGCAACCUAAGCAGGAACUGGAAAGCCGACGCGUUUCUCGAUGAGGUGGCCAACGCAUUCCUCUUCGCGGCGGAUUCCCCUGUACGCAUGAUCCAGUACUCCCAUAUCUUCCGCGAUUGGUUUUGUGAAAACAUCCGGAGGCAAAACCCCAACUUGAGCUGUGUGCAAGUGAACGAUCACAUGAAGAAUUUGAAUUUCGUGGCACACAGGUUCGAAUCCACGGCGCGCCCCUUCCUGCAGACUGUGAGUAAGAUUGCGCUGCAGCGCAAGGCAGAAGACGCAGGCAAGUCUGCAGCCAAGUUUUUGACGUGGCUUGACUAUGAGCGGUGUGUUCAGGUGGCAAUGCUGGGCGACUGUGCCAUUGAGAACCUCGAGCUGACGAGGUUGGUAGACUUCGAGGGGUUCCCUGUCGAGGACUUUCCCGGUCAGCUGAUUUCGUUUAGGGCGCGGAUCAGGUCCUUAUUCACUGGUGGUGCACCGGCCUGUUUGGACACCGGCUUGACCCGUCACAUGCUCAAAAUUCUGGGAAAGCGAACGAUGGCCUUCAGUAUUCCCUCUUCACGCGGCGGUGUGGAUGCCGUGCAACUCAUGCCCACGGAUGAUCACGCUGCAGCUUUGACAGUGGGGAAAUGCCUCUCGCGAAUGUCAGGCUGGGUAGCACUGACUGAGAGGACAUUGGAGGCUGAAUUCCCGCACUUUGAGACGCAGCAGUCCUUCACGAUUUUCAGCCUGUCCGACGCCACGGAACGACCCAAUGGAUCCCAUUUCUGCCGCUCCAAAGAUUUGUCUAGGCUUCUGAAGGCGUAUCGUUUGCCAGAGCCUGAUCUGCAAUCAGAUAUCGCUGAUCAAGCAAGCCGACUGUGGUACGUGGCCAGGCGCACCGCCACGGAAGAGAAACUGAACAGCGUAGACUGUUGGAUCUCAGCCGUGAAGCAGGCCACCCGCACGAAUACACCGCAGACCCGAAGCUCUGUCGCGGCUGUUCUACCCAUCCUGGUGAGGUACUGGGCAGCGGGUGGCAGCACAUCUGGCGUGGAGCAAGCUUUUAGCCGUUCCCAGCAAUUGACUGACAACUUGAUGAUUGAUGGGCACAUCGAUGACGUUCUUGAGGCAUCCCUGGUCAUCGACAUACCCCCAGCAGAGCUGCAGACAAUUGCCCGGAAGGCGGCCGCUGUGUGGUUGCAGGUCUACGGCCCAACAAGGAUCUCCGGGUCGGCGCAUCGCGUGAGAAGGGUGGACAAAGGAAUCCCGCGCAACGAGCCUGAAGGACGUGCCAAGCCUUCCAUGGCUGGCUGGUUGCGUCACCGACAUGAACAGGUUUCCUGUCGCUCAGCCGGAAGCGUCCCUGAGCCGGAGAGUCUUGUGGACAUUCCUGCUGAAAUCCGAACGCCUGGACAUGAUCGAGAAAUUCAGCACUUGAAGGCUGCGGGCUUGAUUCGGGAUUCUCUGCGUGACUUUGCGAAGGGUGUCAAACGCAUGGUGGAGGAAGUCCGCGCUGGUCGGGGCGCUGACUUGUUAGACUCCUUGGGCAUGGACGACUUGCAGCUGGUGCUGGACGGAUUGCAAAAGAAGGCGAAAACGGAUUCAGACUACGUCAAGGACCGUGCAAGGAAGAAUGCCCUGGCGGCUCCGCCGACUUUGCCAGACUUGGAAGCAGCCCCCGUGCACGUGUCGGAAGCCUUGCGAGAUUCGGCAGACAUCCAACGAGCUCUUCAGACGAAACAUGCUGUUGUCGUGGCCCUGGAGGACGCGCGGUUCUUCAUUGAGCAAGAUGCUACCGUCAGCAACCGUUUGCUGCACUGGAACGUGGCAUUGUGCGGAGGGUCCAUUAUCAGCAAGGCUUUCCUCACGACUGGACCAAUCCUGAGCUUCAAGAAUGCCAUCACAUCUCAACGACUUAUUUGGUUGACGGAUGCCUUCGCUGCUGCCAACGCAAGGUCGGGAGCGCCCGGCAGCAAAUGGAAGCUCGCGCGAGAUCAAGCCCAUUUCUGCGCGCGCAGCGUCAAGGAUAUCCACAAGUGCAUUCUUCUAUGUGUCGAUGCAGAUAAGGGCCAAGAGGUCUGGAGCGGUGUUCGGCAGAAGUUCAAUUGUGCAGAAGCUUUAGACUUCGUCCUGCACGUGGAUCCGACGAGUGACAGCGGGAGCAGAAGCGCUGGAAGGCUGGUGAUGUGGGCAUUGCUUGGCAGGUUAACAGUUGAGGUUUGCUGCCGCGUCCUGAUUCUAGGGGCUGGUUCCCUUGUUUUGAUUUGUGGGGAGCAGAACCAGGGGUCCACUGUUUCGGAGCCGGACGUCCAGCUCCGAAUCUGUGGAGGUGCGAUUGCGCAGGUCACUAAUCCGGAGCCGGACGUCCAGCUCCGAAUUAGUGGCCCCGCGCGUGCCCCUGCUUGCUCCUUCACCUGUCAGCUGCAACACGUUGCCCUGCAGGUGUUUUCGGUCAAGGUUCGAGCGGUUUGGUCUGGGAGCCCUCACGAGUCUCUAAUCAUGGGUAAGCGUGGCCAGCCGGAGGAGGAUCCGCAGCAGCCUGAGGCAAAAAAGGUUGCCAAGGCCAAAGCCAAAGGCAAGGCCAAGGCGAAGGCCAUAGUCGUCGUGCCCCCGGCACCACCUGCGGCGGAUACUUCUGUGAAUGCCGAGCUGCAAGCCGAGUUGGCCAGAUGCGACGCUGCCAUCAAGAACUACUUCGGUGACUUGAUGGGCGAUCCGACCGACGAGUGUGGUGUGCCCGUCUACGAUGCCGCGAAGGCUGCCGAGAAGCUCUCUGCCGGCAAGACUUACACCUGCGCUUGCCCGUUGUAUUGGGCCAAUCUUGGUUUCGAGUUGCAACCCAAUAUGCCGAAGUAUCGCUCUCGGCUUGAGAGCCUCCGUGAGCACUUUUUCGACAAGCCCGCCAAGAUGCCGUGCAAGAUAGUUGUCUACUUGGAGAAGAACGAGCUGCCGCACAAGUUGAAGGGCGCCCUGCAGUGCACCGAACCACCCGAGCUCCGCGAUGCUCUCCGCCUCGCAGUCUUCAAGGCGGUGGAUGAAGGGGCACCUGCCAAGAUCCUCGCUGAGUGGCACGAGAUUCUGCUGAGCUGUGAGUUUUCAUUCGAGGUCAAAGACAGCGCCUCUUUUGUGGAGCAGGUGUUUAAGACGGUCGUUCAGGCGCGAGAGGACUUGGGCGUUCUGAGGGACAACACGGAGGUAACUCCGCUCAUGCGCAUCUACGAAUGCGUAGAGUUUAAACGACAAAUGGAGGCCAGCGAGAACAAGAAAUUGUCAAAGUCCAGCCUUGCAAGCCUUUACGACACCGUCAAGUACGCGAAAAAGACAGAGCCUGUCAAAGCCACGUACAUCGAGGUGGCGAUGAUGAUCCACCGCUCCUGCCUCUCCUUUCCGGCCGUUCGCAACAUCUUGCAAACCAUGGAGCAGCUUGAUGUUUGUCCUCUUGACUCAGUGUAUAAGAUUCGCGAGGUCGUUGUGCAAUGCGACAAAAAGGAGAACCUUCAGCAAUGGGCUUUCACAAUGCUGAUGGAUUGGUGGCAAAGGGUGGAUGGGCGUGACAGUGUGCCGAUCCGCAGCCUCAAAGAGGGACCUGACCAGGUUUCUCUUGUUCGGCUGUUUCUCUUCAAGCGCACACUGAGGGACUACCUUCUGAGGGAGAUGGACUUGAAGUUUGCAACGUGGAGCGAGGCCAUCCGCUCGGAGAUCCGACGAUUGGCGAGCUGCAUGGAAAGCUUCCGGUCCGAGCUGGGCUACAUCGACGACAAGCCUGUUAACGGCGGUUACCAGCAACGAGGAAGUUGGCCGUCCAGCGCGGACAACUUCCUGCUCCUGCUGGAGAACAUCAUCUACGGCUACCGGUUUGAUGGGAUCCUGAAGCAAAACAUCACGGCACGCCGCAGCGCGGAGGAUACGCUCAAUCAUGCUGAAAUCCGGUCUUUCAUGUCCCGAGUCACAACGGCCUACGAAACCGAGAACUCGACGAACACUACGGCUGAGGAAUGCGGUGCGGAUCAGCAGGCCGGGACUGAGGCCGCGAAGGUUCUGGACGACGCUGCCGUUGCCAACCUCUCCGAGGCCGAGAAGAUCAUGUACGAGUCCACGGAGACGGAGAAAGGUUCCGAGGUGAUGCUGCGCAUUCAGAGCGGGGUGCGCAUGGCCCAGCGAAAAGUCCAAGCACAAUCCACCUUCAUCGUCGACAAUGCCGCUGACGAAGGACAAGUGGGGAAGGAGCUGAAGAACUCAAUGGCCGCUCAAGCCAGAGGGAACCCAGAGACGAAAGCCUGGGUUGCGAUUGUGUUGGAUGUCAAAUUGUGUUGCGAAAGCGGUAGCCAAGGCCGCUAUCGCAUGGGCCCAACUCGCCCGGCCCAGCUGCGGCGCCUUCUCAAUGCCAUGCUAGCAUCGCGGCCUGACGGAGAUCUUGAUGAUGGCGAUGUCCUCGUGGUGCUGGACGGGGGAAAGGGAGGCGGUAAUGUCGCUUCCUGGGUGGAGUCAACGGUCUGCAAGCUGCUCCCGUCAAAAAGAUACCAGCAGGUUAACCAGACCAUCUUCUACACCCAUGACUCCAUCGAGCAGCGGAUGGAGAGAGCGAGCAAGUGCCCGCUGCAGCUCACAGAGACGGCGUCUUUCAUCACACUGAACAAUGCCGUCAGCUUCAAGAUUCAGAACCGUUUGCACUUCGCGGGCAACACCCGCGGCAACGUGCUGGGCCCGUUUGCAAAACCGGAAUGGAGCGACAGCGCCAAAGUCUGGCAAGUCACUGCCGCCUCUAAGAAGGACAUUUUCGGCUCAGACAACCUCCCACUUCCUGGCGGACGGCUGCCAGUGGAGUUGGAUCAAGGAGACGAUGAUGGUGACGGUGCUCAGCAGCAGGACGGAGCAGCCAAGAAGAAAGCACGGACUCGUCCAACUGACCUCGUGCCAUGCUUCUACCACGAGUGUGCAGAACUGGUGUCGGCUGAGCUGGCCCACAGCCUGCGCCCGGUCGCAGUGAUCGAUCUUACGCCAGGCUCGGGCCAUUGGGCGUACUACUGCAUCAAGAACAGGAUCAGCUACACCGGCGUAGUGUUCACAGAGCAGCACAAGCAGGCCAUCAUGGACAAGCUUGCUUCAAGGGUUCUGUGUGGUAUGGUGGACAGCAGCGACACGAAGCUGUACGACCCAGCUUUCGCCAAGGACGUGCAACAGCAAAGCGGCGAGAACAGCACCGAGGACAAGAACAACCCCGGCGGCGGCCGCGGUGGACGUGGCAGAGGCACUCGCGGUGGCCGCGGGCGUGGCCGCGGCCAGGGCGGUAGUGAGACGACUCCGCCAACUCCGAGUGUCGGCACUGGCGAGACUCCUGGCAAAGCUGGUGGCAAUGGCAAUGAGCUCUGCACUGCCGAGGAAUCCGGCACAGAGCAGGGCGGUGGCGAGAGUGGGGACCGUGAGGCGCUCCUGAGCAAGACCCAAGAGGCCAUGCGAAAGCAAGGCUAG